AUGGAUCCUUCUGACGUCCGACGCAACAAUGAAGACGCCGUGGCCGAGUGCGAGAAGGGAGACCUCAUAGAGUUUCCUAGGAAGAAAUUCGGGGGCUCAGUAUCUCACUGGGCAGCGUACGUGGGUCGUGGCAGGGUCAUCCAUUUUACAGGCGAAAACAAAAUGUCGGCAAAGAUCCAGGAGGACCGGUUCUGGGACGUUGUCGGAGACAGCGUGGCCAUUAUCAACAACUACCUGGACGGUGAGAAAGACGUGCCGCCAAGGGAGAAAAUCGUGGAGAACGCUCGGUCUAAACUUGGAACAACGGGGUACGACGCGGCAAGGAACAACUGCGAGCACUUCGCCACCUGGUGCCGCUACGGGGUGAAAUGGAGUCAGCAGGUAUGUUAA